UUAGAUGGCGCUGCUCUACUUGUGAGAUUUGUGAAGUCACGAUACGUUCGUGAGCCAGCCAAUAUGGCCGUGGUCCUAGUUGUGCUUUUGUAGGAACUACCUUCUUCAGUUUCACUGCCAUGGAACAGCCGGCGGGCUUUAAGCCCCAGAAGCCUUUAGUUUACAACCGCCUGCUCCCGUAUAGUGAUGACAUCCCGAGUGAGGCUACGGCAGCAUUCGCUGUCAUCAAAGGCAACCUGGCAAGAUCCGUGAUGUUACGUGAAAUCAGGCCAGGAGCCGUAACUUGGAUGGUUCAUUUAAAUAACUACCUGAAGUUAUAUGGGUACUACAUGAGCAAAGAGGACCACGUGCAUGUGAUUAACCUUCUCAUGGAACUGAUAGCCAUUCCCAACCUGGAGCUGAACGUUGUACAGAAGAUUGCUCAGACUCUCACUGCGCUCAUGAAGAAAAAAGAGCUCCUGUCACGGAACGACCUCAGCAUCGCAUGGCGGCCACUUUAUGAAUUGUACGAGAGGGCUCUCUAUUCCCCAUACGAACACCUGGGAAUGCUCCUGCUGCCUUCGAAUUUUGAGACAAGCUUAAAAACGCUAAUUCGCAGCUGCCGAACGUACUUCACUGUGGCCUCCACUCAGGAAAUGCUCGAUGAGUGGACACCACUUCUCUGUCCUUUUGAUGUGACCAUGCUAAAGGCUAUCUCCUAUUUUGAGCUCUUCCUUCCAACGACGCUUCCUCCUGAAGAACACGACAGGGGAUUCCGAUUAUGGCUGGACAAGUUUCUGCAAUUAUGGCAGAACAGCCAUAGCCUACCACUAUGGGAAAAUAACUUAGUUUGGCUAUUUGCGAGGCUUGCUCAGAACAACAUCGGCUACGUUGACUGGGAUCCUCAUAUCCCGACGAUCUUUACCAGGCUGUUACGGAGCUUCAACCUGCCCACCACGUCAGGCAAAGUGCACGUAACUCGGCUGGGCAACACGUACGACAGUACAGCUGCUGUCAACUGGAUUGCUGCUAUGCUGGGUAGCAAGAGCUGUUGCCAGACAUAUGUCAGUAGCCUGUUCAAGACAGUGGAGUCCUUUUAUCAUCCUUCCAAUAACGGACGAUGGGUGACAAAGCUGCAAAGAAUAUUGUACAAGUUACCGGCAGAAGUGGUGAGAAGAGUACACAGAGAGCGCUACCGGCCGCCAUCGUGGGAGACCCCCAUCCCUGCAUCACACCGGCUCACAGACGACGAUGUGACUGAGUUUGUCAAAAGUGUGCAGGCUGUGGUGCUGUUGGCUAUGUUUGGCAAAGGAGGCAGUAUGGGAGCUGCAGGUGCUUUGCAAAGCCUUGCCCUGCUCAGGCCGGAACUAAUUGUACCUCCUGUGCUUGAAAGACUUUACCAGUCAUUGGAGACUGUGACGGAGCCUCAUCGUCUGACUGCUGCGCUCCAGUGCGUUGUGGCCGUCUCCCGCUCCCUCGUGAUUGGGGGCCCUCAUUUCCCAGAGGGGCCAUCACAUGUGAUCCCUCUCCUCACAUCGUGCCUCCCUGGAAUUGACCCUAAUGACAUAAAGAAGUGCAUGGUCACGUUCCAGUUUAUCUCAGUGUUUACUACCCUCAUUCCUAUCAUGGACUGCUCCAAUGCAUCGACAAUGCGCAGUGACCUGACAGAGUUGGAGCAAGAAGUGUGUCUCGCAACAGCUGGACUUGAGGACUUUGUCCUGCAAUUCAUGGGAAGGUGCUUUUCGCUCAUCGAGAACAGCAGCCUUGAGAAUCCUACGCGUCUCGAUCGGGACACUGAGAAGAUGAAUGCAGAAGAAAACAUCCUGGAGAUGGGCCUUGCAUCCACUUUCAGCUUCAUUCUCACCCAGUGUUCACCUGAGAUUUACAAGUCUGCACUGGACAAACUGUACUCAUUCGCAUCAAGUCGAAUCCUGGAGACAAAGGUCUCGGGUCGUUACGUUGCAAACCUCUGUAGGUCGGCAGCCAGGGUUAAUCCUGCCAUGGCAUUGAACACAUUCGUGCCUCACUUUGGGAAACUGGUGCUGACGUUAACAGAAUCCGAGGAAGUUGUGUCUGAAGAGCUGCUGGAUGAUGAACUUCUCUUCAGCUUGCUUUUGCUCUCCGAGAUGGUGCUGUGCAGUGGAGAGCCACUCCUGCAACACCUGGAAUUGCUGUGCAAAGUUCUACGGCGGACGCUGCAUCUAUCCUCACGUCAGGGUUACCUGCUGGCGGGUACCCUCCUGUCUCACCUUCUACGUGCCCUGACGCUUGUCUACCCACAGGAUUUUCGCAGUACGCAUCUUACCUGGGAUCAGUGCAAGGACCUCACCACCUACUUGCCCAUAAGAGACUGGGGACGUGCGGGCGAUCUGGACCACCUCAAUGUUACAUGGCACAAACCAUCUGAAGCUGAGACAACAGCAGCUAGGAGCCUGUUGGAAGAAUUCCUUAUCCCUGAACUUUCAGAGUUGCACAAGUGGAGUCAGGGCAGCCGGACAUUCACCAGAGAGGAAGUGCAACGGAGCCUCAACAUUGUCCUGGACUGUGUGCUGGGUGCAGGCUUUGCCCUCCCCAUGUGGCCAGGAGAUCCACUCAACUUAACAAAGACAUCAUUGCCUAUGCAUUUCAACCAUAUUGCUUUCCUGGGUGGCGCACAAAUUGAUCUAGAGGGGAACGUGAGGGAGACUGUGGCACAUACAGUACGCCAUGUUCUAGAACAUACACUGAAGACACACGAGGAUGACAUCAAAUCUCUUCUGCUCAUCAUUAAGAUCUACCACUCACUCAUCUUCUUCUGGGGUGCGAUGAGAGAAGACUUCGAUACACGUUGGAAGGGAUUCCAGGCUGUGAAGAAAACACUCGAAAAUAGGUUAGCAGGUCACAAGCAGCAUGUACGAGCAUUGCUGGUUGAUCGUGCACAGUUGCAGCAUGAGAUGAGAAUACUGUACCGGUACCAGAUGUGGUUCACAUCAUUGCAUCGUGAUCUGGUGACGGACCUUUUAAAGUUGUCAACAAACCACUACAGUGAGGUACGAAUCCAAGCACAGGAGGUACUCGGCAAGUGCAUCCAGUGCUAUCCUCGAGCAUACAACUUUCUUGUCGACGACCUUGUUCACUUCCUCACAUCAUCGAAUGACAUCACACAUGAACAGUUCAAGGGUGCCCUGUACGUGGUAUUGGGUAAGAAGCAGCGGACUUUCCUGACUGCGGGCGAUUGGGAGCUGCUGAAUCAACUGUGGCCUGCUCUUGUGGCUGCCAGGCAUUCUGAGAAGCCCUCCAUAAUUGGGCUGCUAGACAACAUCUCUGAGAGCUUGCAAAAGUACCUCAACACUACACAGAUACUUCUUGAGGUUCCUGAUUCAUGCGUUAAGCUGGCAGGGAAGACAUGGGAAAUAUCUGAGCCGCAGCCACACACUCCCGCUGUCAAAGACCAAGAAGUUACAGAUGGCCUCGUAGCAGCUCGGACACUCAAUGAACGUCGUCUUGAGUUGUAUGAAACACUGGUACACAGCCUUGUGGGACUCAUCGAGGGCGGAUCUCUGCACUGGAGGCAUUAUCACUUGGGCCUGGUCAUGGUGCGACUGCUAAUCCAAAAAGAAGUGCCACUGCCUACUUGCGCAGUAAAAAUGCAGGUGCGGCACCUCAUCCACGAUACAAUCAGCAUGCGCAAGGUUGCAAUCUUGAGUGUGGGGGCUGUGCUGAAGCAAUUGAAACGCAAGCACGUAAAAAAGGACUUUGACCCUGCAUCGGUGGAUGUUUCUUCUCUGCCCCUCUCUCCAACACUCUCCCACGCAGUGGAAAGAGCUGGAGGAAAGAGGCCCGCCAAUUUGUGGUUACUAUACAACAGCGCCCGCAUCCCGGACACCAAGGAGCGCUUCAACCAGACUGUCUUUGUUCACAAGACUCACCUUGGCUUCUCUACCUUUCCCAAGCCCUUUAAAGUUUAUGCUGGUGAGAGUGAGCAGCCAACACUUGACCGAUCUGUCCAAGAAAUGUCUGAGUCGGAGGCAGCCAUUUUUGAGGCCUUCACCUCGGAGACUUUUUUGAACCAAAUGAUGGCCUACCUCUCGCUGGAGGAACGCAAAGGACAGGAUCGCUUUGAUGCCAAGCGCUUUUACUUGUUUAAGGGCUUAUUUCGCAACUAUGGCCCUGCGCUGCUACCUAACUUCCAAAAAGUCCUGGCGGCCCGCAUCAAUGACAAUCAGGAAAGCAACCAACGCUGUGCCUUGGAGGUUGUUGCUGGCAUACUUCGUGGAUCCAAGCACUGGGGUUUCGAAAAAAUGCAGACGUUGCGAGCCACCUUGGAGCCUUUGCUUAAAUCAGGGUUGAACGCAAUGAUGCCAGAGACACUCCAAGACUGGGGGACAUGCGCAGCUACUGUGUCUGAGAGCCGUGACCCCUCCAAGUAUCACUGGUUCCUUGAACUUCUAAUGGAAGAUCCCUUGCGUGGUGAGGAGGGUUCGUUUCUGCAAGCAAGCCGCCUCUACGUGCUGUUGGGGGCACUGGCGCAGCAAGAGUGGCGUGUGUGUGAGUUGCUGUACCAAGAGCUUGAAUAUCUGUUGCCACGGCUCGUGCACAGCUACGAGAAUGUGCGGGACAAGAUUGGGAGCCUGCUGUGCGACAUCUUCCUUUAUGACAUCAAUGUGCCUAUGUUUGCUCCGGCGCUCAGUUUAAUGCCAAGACGAGGAGACUUCAUUGUUACGGCACUCUCAUUGCUGGCUCCUCUGAGUUCCCCUCAGGUGGAAUCAAACAAUGGACUAAAUAGUACUGAGCAGCAAAAUUCUCUGUCAUCCAAAAGAAGAGAAGAUACACUGAACAACUACCACCACAGUGAACGAGAUGGUGAAACAUCUCCCGAGAAGAAGCAGGCAGCCAGGCUUCUGCGUACCAUGAGCAGAUGGAUACUCGCCAGUGUGACACAGUCACCCAAUGCAGCUCCGCCUGAGCUCUUCCAAAUUGUGCCAGUGUUGUGCCAAGUACAGAGCGAGACAACAGAUGAGGACUUGCAGAAAGAGUGUGCUGUCACCUUGGCUCUCCUAGGUAACAUCCUGCUGCCCAGCAAAAGCAUCCAGGCUGCCCUCGAUAUUAUCAAAGAUGUGUUGAAGAGCCCUUCGUGGCAUGCUCGUGCCGCAGCCUGCAACUUCUUACAGUUCCUGGUUUUUUCUAACCUGUUCACUGUUCAGAGCAAUCCAGCAUGGAAACAAGGCAUUGUCGACUACACACUGGCCCUUCUAAAAGACGAGCGCGUAGAGGUGAGGGAUGUAGCAGCAGAGUCCUUGGGUGGCCUACUCCAUUGUGAAUUCAUCAAAGUAACUGAUGAGCUACUGGAAUCGUUCAAGGCCCAAUGUACACGCAAGAAGGGUAAGAUAAGGUCCGCCACUCCACGGGCUCCUCCAGAUCCUGCUGAAGUCAUAGAGAGGCAUGCUGGAAUCCUAGGCCUCUGUGCCUGCAUUAAUGCUUUCCCUUAUGACGUGCCUCCAUUCAUGCCUCAAGUGCUCCUUCUCCUUGGAGAUCAUCUCAAUGAUCCACAACCAAUACCUGCAACAAUCAAGAAGACUUUGUCGAAUUUCCGUCGAACACAUCAUGACACCUGGCGCGAUCACAAGGUGAUGUUCACCGACGACCAACUGGCAGUCAUCACCGAUCUUCUCGUGUCUCCCAGCUACUAUGCCUGACUGUUUCACAGACUAUCUACAAUAUGGAGUUGGUCCUGGAAAUAGAGCUAGGGGCUUAGCGCUGCCUUGUGUACUUGAUAAGUGUGCCUGCACAUGCAAGAGGAAAUUAUUGCAUCAGUUAUUGCAUGAACAUGAGACACUGAAUGGCACAAUUUUGCGAGAUGGGUGUUGCAUUCUGGUACUGUUUCAGUUUUUGUGAUUUUUUUACUUGUAGGUUAAUACUGCGGUUAUUUUGUACUUUCUACAAAGUAUGAAAUGGUGCAAUGUGAAGCGAGGGAGUUCAUUACUUGCAUCCAAGUCCGACAAAAUUUGAAAUGUGAAACUUAUACUAUCUUGCAGAAGAGCUGGUGCACUACAUGCCGUUCAAAAUUGGAUUGCAAUCUUUUGUUCUUACGGAUUUACAAGUGAGUACAGAAAAGGCAUGGGCGGAUAGACACUACAUCUUAACUGUCAAACCUAACAUCACCUUUUUCGCAUCAGACUCUAGUUUUCUUCGCUCACUUCCAUUGCCUUUCAAAUUUAGUAUUUGACAACAGUGCACGCCGUAGUCUUAAAAAUUGCACCGUGCAUAAAACGAGCAGACUACUGCCACCCACAUUUUACUGCUCUGUUCAUCGUAGGUAUCAUUUUAUAAGAAUCUGAUACUCCAAUCGUGUAAUGUUGCCCACUGGGGCACUGCCAGCCCCCCCGAAGAGGAGUAAGGGAGACACACUGGGAAGUUUUGGCAGUAAUUUCAAAUGUGUAUAGAUUAGCACAAAAACGGAAAGGAACUCCUCAAAGGUGGAUGUUGGCAGUGCUGAGCGGGAUAACCGAUUCACAUGGGCAGAGAAUGUAUGACAGGAUGCUUGGAUACAGGGUAGAUGCACACAUUCUGCAAUGAACAACAGUGUGUAUGUUAUGAAUCUUUUGCUGCUAAAGUGUACAGCUACUCAUGAGUGUGGUAAAGACUCUUAACAGGAUAAGAUUAUACAUACAUAAGCUGGCACGUAAAUAGAUGGCAUAAUUUAUGACAUCUGUACAUAGCACAUGCUGUAAUUGUACAAUGAUCAUUCCUAAUCGUCUCAAGGAAUGCAAAAUCCUGUUCAUUGUAUAACUUGGACUGUGUUUUAUCACGCGCAAGAUUGUACAAUAAAAAGAAUGACUGUUGAAA